GAGAAUAUCAUUUAUCAUGAGCAGCCGCCUCCACCCUCAAUCUUAUCUGAUAUUUUAUCUCACAUCUUUGCCCUGUUAAUCUUUUAAAGUGCCUAAUCAAACAUAAAUACUGCAAAAAUGUCUAUCGCGUUGCUCAAAAAGUACCUGCCGAUAUCUCUGGCACUACUCCUCUUCUACGGCUGCGCCUCACGAUUUAGCCACGGCGCAACGUCGACCGCAUCCUUCUAUCAGUAUCAAAAUGACCGAAGUCCUGAUGAUGGAUCAACUCUGUCCCGCGUUAUCCCUGUUUUCGACUUUAUCGUUGGAACUGCCAUUCUGCAGCAAGGACUGUCACGCAAAGUUGCAACAUGCUUUGUAGCGUCAACUAUCAGCAGUGUAGCUGUUCAGCGUUACUUGGCCGGUUUGGACUGUCAGGGAGACUUUCUGCAGGGGAUUUGGGCAACUUCUGCAGCGAUUGCGACUCUGAUAUGAAAUUUGUGCCAUAUCAGCUCUCUGGGGCUCUUCGUCCAUUUGAGAUCAAGUCACAUCGGUUAUGAGAGUUGAAAAAAGGCUUUAUUAACACUAAGAAGGCCGGAGUAGUUUUGAAGUACACAUAAUACAUGAGAUUGUAAAACAUAGAAACUGAAGCUCUAGCUGUAAUUGUCC